AUGGUAGGCCGCAGCUUUUCGCCCGCCGUGGUCCCCAUGUCACCACUAACCACUGUGAAUGUUCAGGUGCAAUUCAAGCGCAAGCCGGUGCAGUUUCUGCCCGUGCCUGAUAUUGAUGAUGAGCAGCAGGAGGUAUGGCACAUCCCUCAGACCGGCGAGGUCUUUACCACCUAUGAAGACUAUCUGAACCGUAUGGCAUCCCCCCUUUUCCACUCUCGAAAACGCUUCAUCUGUACUAUAACCGGUCACUCUGGGUUGAGUUUCUUUGAUGCGCUCGAGAGCGAGCUCGCUAAUGCCGCCGAGGUCGAUGAUAUCUUCCCCGAAGCUCUCAAGGGCCCCGUUCUCCGACGCAUCCAAUUUUCGACAGUUUCUCGGAUCGAUACGCUCGUCGAUCAGAUAUACGACGAGUUCAAAAACGACUAUUAUCCCGGCGAGGCCGUGUUGGUGGAAGUUAUAGGCCACACCGAGAAGCUCGCUGGUAUUGUCAGGGACAAGACCCGUUUUGGUGGCAAAAUGCUUCCUGAUGGGACAUUGUCAAAACCCUUUGCGACCUACUUUGUCAGUCUGACCAUGUCGCCUGCCGAGGAGGCGGUCGUCGACGAUGCGCAUAUAUUUCGGGAUCGCAAAAUCUUCACAAAGCAGGUACUGCGCCAGUACAUCAAGAAGACAGUCACGAGAGAAGCUUGGAAUGGGGCGCCUUGGCUGGUCAAGGACGAGGUCGCCGAGAAAUACCACAUCGACACGCGCGUACCGGCCCACCUGCGCUUCGACACCAAGCUCCAGGAGCGCAAGCAGCUCCAGGCGCAGAAAAGAAUGUCGAACCAUGACUCGAGCUUGCUGUCGGGAUCGAUUAGCCCUACCGGUCCCGUUCGAUUGCCCGAGCUGAAGCCGGCGCCCAAAAGUCACAAAUCCAAAGCUCAGCAGGCUGCCCAGGCAGAGCGUGCUCUUCUUAGGGCCAAGCAGCAGGCGAUGCAAGCCAACGGCAACACGCACGAGCCUGGCCAGUUUAUGCAUUUGCCACUUCCUGGGAAUCCGUUCCAGUUUCCGAUAUCCUUCCGCGGUCAGAUUCCACCACCAAUGGUACCGCAAACGCCCGAGCCGCCACCGCCCCCACCUCCACCAAAGUAUCCCAUCGAGGACCUGCAGCUGAACAUCAGGGGCCAUGUGAGGCCACAACUAAAGUUUAUGUGCAAAGACACUCCCGUCGAAGUGGAUGCCGAGUCCAAAUCUCCCUUCAGCGAGAAGAUUCUCAUGAAGAGUGUUGGCCCGUUGUUGGAGACUUGGGACACUCUGAACGUGUACUGCGAAAUUUUCAAGCUCGACUCCUUCACAUUUGAUGACUAUGUGGAAGCCAUGCUUGUUGCCUCGGAAGAGGUGCCAGUCGAGCUUUUCACAGAGAUUCACUGCUCCGUCCUCAAGAUCUUGGUGAGCUCUGAGGCGGAGGGUGGCAAAGUCCAGAUCCAGCUCCCAGAGCUCGAAGAGGAGGAAGAGGAAGAGGAGCCGGAAGAGAGUGCGGCACCGACUCCGGAACCAGAGCCCCAGCCAUCCGGGCGGGCCACCAGAAGCAGCAUGGCCAAGUUGGAGGCGGAGCGGCUUGCGGCAGAACUCGCGGCGGCAGAGCAAGAAGAGGCGGAGAUGGAAGAUGCGCCGGGGCACCGUGCCGAAGAGGUGCUUCAGGGCUUUGACUGGAUCGAGCAGCUGAGGAAACGCAGCUUCAAGGAUGGCGGUUGGGAGCUCAUCAUGGUGGGGCUUUUGCACCAGCUGUCUAAGAGCGAGCGGCUCAAGGCUAGCUGUGAAGAGCUCUUGGAGCAGUUGGUUCCAGUCGACAUCGAGCCCAGCCGGGAGACGGUUCGGCGGAAAUAUGCCACACUUGAUGUCAACUAUCGGGUGCAGGCGCUGCAGAUUAUUUGCAUGCUGACUGCUGAGACGAGGGCCAUCCGUGGGUACAUGGAGGACUGCAGCGAGACCAUGACUGCCUACCGAAAGGAAAAGAUUGAGUGGCAGAGGAAGAGGAAACAACUAAUCGAGGAGUUGAAGAGUCUGAAUGAUCAGCGCAAGAUCCUCCUUCCAGAUAACCUCCCGCCAAGCCCACCUCUGGAGCCUACCAAGGUCGCCAUCAUAAAUGGAGACGUCAAGAUGACUGAUGUUGAUGACCUCCAAGCUAACCACACAUCUGACGAGAUUCCAGACUCUGAAGAGGAUGGCCGGAAGCUCCGGCGGGGGCACGACCGUGCCGUUGAGCGCAAGCGCAAAGCCGAAAAGGAAGCCGAGCGCAAGGAAAAGGCCGAGGCCGCUGCCAAGGUCCCUAAGCAGUCCAAACAGUUCACCAAGGUCCUCAGAGACAUUCAAAAGAAAGAGGACGACAUUGCCGAGUGCGAAAAGGAGAUUGCCAUCAUCGACAAUGACCUCCGGGAGGCCGACUGUCCCAGAACCAGAGUCCUGGGCAAGGACAGGUUUUGGAACCGAUACUACUGGUUCGAGAGAAACGGCAUGCCGUAUGGUGGUCUGCCAGACAGCUCGACAGCCGAGGCGGAGUACGCCAACGGUUGCAUUUGGGUGCAGGGGCCGGAUGAGCUGGAGAGGGAGGGUUACAUCGACACAAAGGAGGAGUAUCAGGAGGAGUACAAGGCCAAGUUUGAGAUGACGGUCCCAGAGCGGAAGAAGCUCGAAGAAGGCAAGACCAGCGUCUUCAACGCCCAUCAGUGGGGCUACUACGACCGGGAGGAGGACGUCGACAAGCUUCUCACCUGGCUCGACCCCCGUGGCGUCAACGAGCUGAAGCUCCGCAAGGAACUGGUCAACUACCGCGACAAGAUUGCGAAAAACAUGGUCAACAGGAGGAAAUACCUCGGCAUCGACGACACCCCCGCCGCUACCGCCGCCCCAACAGAGGAGUCUGUCACCAAUGGCGCCACAGAAAAGAAGGAAGAGGAGACCGCCUCUGUCAAGGAGGUGUCUCCGGAACCUCACAAGGGAAAGAGGAGCACGCGGGUCAGGCACUCGGUUCCUGCCGCGCCGGUUGAGGAGGAGGAGGAGGAGGAGGAGAAGGAGAAGCCAAAGUAUAGGUGUCUGAACUGGACGAACACGACGGCGAUGGAAGAGAUUGGGCACUUGCACAGUCUUGAGCCGCCGCCGGCGAGGUCGAGGAAGCCGACCAAGAAGAAGGAGGCUGCUGCUGCUGCUGCGGUGGUGGCUGAGGUGGUGGCUGAGCCGGUUGCUAAUGCUACGAGGGGGAAGAAGGGGGGGAGGCAGAGUAUGAAGUGA